AAUAAGUACCUGUUGGUGGGGGUCGAAUAUUUUACCCGGUGGCCUAUGGCGUGGCCACUCGCCAACCAGUCGGCGGCGGCUGUGACGGACGCCUUUGUCCAGGGCUACGUCCUGGACAAGGGGGCUCCCGAACGCUUGCUGACUGACCAAGGGAAAAAAUUUUCGAGUAAAUUACUGCAAGAGGUGUGCGACCUGUUGGGUACCAAAAAGGUGCGUACCUCCCCGUACCACCCGCAGACGGACGGGAUGGUGGAGAGGCUUAACAGGACAUUGACCUCUAUGCUGUGCCAGCAGGUGUGUGAGUCGCAUGUUGAUUGGGACCUGCAGGUCCCUGGGGUCCUUGCCGCGUAUAGAAUGGCCCCCCAUGCAGCUACGGGGUUUUCCCCGUUUUAUCUAAUGUACGGUCGGGAAGCCGACCCGCCCAUGGAAACGCAGCUGGGUCUGCCCGCACCACGAACUAAUUCUAAAUUGGCAGAGCAUAUUAAAUUUAAUAUUCAUAAACUGACAGAGGCAAGGGAGGCCGCACGGCUUAAUUCGCGGGCUCGCCAAAUUGCGAACGAGCGGUUGCGGGCACGGAAGGUGUCCGUGCACAAUUGGGAACCAGGUGACAAGGCCUGGCUGCAUUGCCCUCAGGCACCUUUGGCCACGUCGCCUAAAUUGUUGAAGCCGUGGCGGGGACCCGUGGAGGUCGUGCGGGUUGCACGCCCCCAGUGCGUUCAGAUAAAAUGGGGGAAACGCCGUUGGUACGUCCACCCCUCCCGACUGAAACCGUUCUCGCCUCCGUAUGGCCUCCCCUUGUGUCAUGAGGGCCGAGCAUGUGACGUGACCAGCGACCCUGAGGGGGAAUUGUCUUUGCCUGCUCCUCACAUGUCUCCGCCUGAUCCGCUCCCAGGUGUCUCGGAACUGACAGCUGCCGACCACCGGCGGCCGGAUCUUGAGCAGCCGGAGCCACCGGACGGUCGCCAACGUCCCGUCCCAUACGACGGACCGGCCAGACGGACUCGCGCUAGGUCGCGCUACUUUGUGUGACCUGCCACGUGAGGAGUCGAGGCAGCCGGAGCGCCUCGGCACUGCGUUUAGUCACAGAGACACUUGGCGCGUUCGUUUUCCGGUGUUCGCUUUUAUUGUGUUCGUUUUCCGGUGUUCGCUUUUAUUGUGUUGUUCGUCGGGCUGUAUAUUGCUUCAUAUUUAAGUGUUGUGUUGUGUUGUUGUUGUUGCGUUACGGGGCACACUGAGAGGUGGAGUUUCUUUGUUACUACAUUGACGUUAGGUUGUGUUGUUGGUUAACAGCCGGGCCGGCUGCAAGCUAUGUGGGAGGGGGUGAUGUAGAGGUGAUACGCGCUGGGAUUAGAGAUCGUAUGCCAGCGCGUAAUGAUUGGCUGUGUAGGUGGUGACGUGCGCUGACGGUGGAGGAUCAGGGGUCAGCGCGGGGUCGUGGGUUACGGGGUACUGAUUGGCUGUGGACCGGUGACGUGCUGAGAGGGAGUGACCGGGUGGCAGCGCGGUGGGAUUGGUGGAGGAGUGUUAACACGCGCUGGGGAAACCGGAUCGUAGAGAGAGUGCGUCGUGAUUGGUUCAUUAAGGAGCGAUGCUCAUGCUGAAGUACGCAUCAGCUCCGCCUCUCGUGAGCAGGGGCUAUAAAAGGGGAUGCACACAGGCGUGAGGGCAGUGUGUAACCAGCGAAGAAUGAAGACGGGGAUGAAGACCUAGAGCCCUGCGGUACCUAGCCCCGCUGUCCUAAGGGGACCGGGACUCUGUGUAACCCAGAGGCGAGUGUAGUGUGUGUAGCCAUAGGGCUUACACGAGUCGAGUGUA